AUGGCCAACGCCAGGUCAUUAACUAACAAGUUUGAUGAAUUUGUAUGCCUUGUUCAAAGUUUUGACUCGGAUAUUGUGUGUGUCAGUGAGACAUGGUUCAGUGAAAGCAUCCCACAAAGCGUGUACAAUAUUCCUAGAUAUUCUUUGUUUUCGAAGCACAGGACAGUCCGACGAGGUGGCGGAGUCGCCAUCUUUGCCAAAACCGACAUGAACCCGACUCACGUGAAACUUCAUGUACCGGAAGAGCAUGAAAUAGUCUGGACGCAAAUCAGACCCAGUAGAUUGCCAAGGAGUGUUUCAUCAAUUUACAUCGCAUCAAUCUACUCGCCACCUGAUAACACCCAUGCAGAUGAAUUGGUCCAGUAUCUCACUUAUGCAGUCGACGAGAUUCUUUCUAACCAUCCCACGGCCGGUAUUAUUAUCAUGGGUGAUUUUAACCGAACCGAUGUGUCCCCGCUCCUUAGGGGGCAAAACCUGAAGCAAGUGGUCAACCGUCCAACUCGGAAUCAAGCUGUGCUGGACAAAAUUGUAACCAAUUUGAAUCAUCUGUACUCCCCUGUUCACAUUGUAGCCCCACUUGGACACAGCGACCACAAUGGAGUUACUUGGCUGCCGAAAAAACAGCCACCCCAUAAAAAUAAAGUGCAACACAGAGUUGUCAGACCUUUCCGUGAAUCUAGUGUCCGUCCCUUUGGUAGCUGGAUAACGCAUCACGACUGGAGCAACGUUUAUGAUGAAAACGAUGUUGAGCGUAAGUGUGAACAUUUCUAUAACGAGCUUAACACUGCCAUUAAUCUUUAUUUCCAAUGUAAGACCAUCAGACUACAUGCGACAGACAAACCGUGGAUGACCGUCGGAGUCAAGGGUUUAAUAAACCAGCGACAGACGGCAUUCCACAAUAAUUCCUCAAACCAGAACAAUCUCCGCAACAAAGUGCAGAGAGAAAUCUGUCACGCGAAGGAAGCUUUUUACCGAGAUCGUGUCCAACACCUCAAACACGAAAAUCCCAGCGCAUGGUAUCGCUAUAUCAAGGUCAUGUCUUCCAACAUGCAACAGGAUAUGUCAAUCGCACUGGAAGAUGUUGACGCGACUGAUUCGGUAGCAAUCGCCAAUGCUAUCAACUCCUACUUUGUUAGCAUAGCCAAAGACACACCACCCCUUGCAGCAAAGAACAUUCCUGCUUAUAGACCCUUUCCACUACACUCGAUACCUUCUGUCCAACCAUGGUCAGUCUACAAGGAACUGUCCAAAACGCACGUUGGAAAAAGUGGCGGUCCAGAUGGAAUAUCCCCACGUUUGAUCCGUGAAUUCGCCGUUGAACUCAGCUCCCCAUUAUGCAACAUCUUCAAUGCCUCCUUUGAGCAAGGCAAAGUUCCAAGUUGUUGGAAGAAAUCACUCAUUGUUCCAGUUCCAAAGGAAAACCCGCCUACCUUGCACAAGCUGCGACCUAUAGCCCUAACAGACUUCUUUGCAAAGCUCCUUGAACUGUUUGCUUACAAAUGGCUCAUGGCAGAUAUCUCCCCUGUAAUCGACUCUCAGCAAUUUGGCAACCGCUCUGGCCUAUCAACAAGCCACUACUUAUUGAACUUGCUAGAAUACUUACACUCCAAUGCUGACAAGUCCGGAUCAAUCACAACAGUGGUACUUACAGACUUCUCUAAAGCAUUUGAUUUAGUUGACCACAAUGUCGCAAUCAAUAAGCUGUUCACCAUGGGUGCAAGACCAUCCCUCAUCCCAUGGGUAUGCAGCUUUCUCACAGAGCGUACCCAACAGGUUCGCUACAAGAACCAACUCUCUAGGAACCUUACCACGUCGGCAGGGGUUCCUCAAGGCACCCGUCUCGGACCGCUCAUAUUUCUCGCUGUUGUCAACGACGCACUUCAGACGUCAGAUUGCCACCGAUGGAAGUAUGUUGACGAUCUCACAGUGGCCGAAACUCGCCGAGUGAACUCCCCAUGCAACCUCGACACGACCCUCUCUUCCUUUGAACAGUGGUGUGAGGAAUCAAACAUGCGCCUCAAUCCCACCAAAUGUCAGGUCAUGCAAAUCUCCUUCGCGCGUCGCCAACUGCCUCCACCCGAGAUAAAGCUUCUUGAUCAAAUCAUACCAGAAAGUCAGCAUGUAAAACUGCUUGGCGUGAUCGUGAGGAACGAUCUUCGUUGGACAGAUCAUGUCAAUAAUGUCACAUCGAGAGCCACAAAAAAGCUCUAUAUCUUGAGGAUGCUCAAACGUUUUGCUAUGCCUACAACGGACCUCCUCACCGUAUUCACCUCAUACAUCAGGCCGAUCCUUGAGUACUGUUGUGUAGUUUGGCACUUCUCCCUAACCCUGCACCAAGAGAACCAAUUAGAGCGUAUCCAGAAGCGUGCCCUUCGCACCAUACUAGCCGGUGGGUACGAGUCUUAUCAACGUGCUCUCAGCGCUUGCGACCUGGUAUCGCUUAAAGAAAGGAGAGAGGACCUUUGUCGGGUCUUUGCCAACAAGCUGUUCAAGAACUUUCGUCAUUGGCUACCGGAAAGCCAAUCAUCAAACAGACAACUAAGACACAGCAACCGAUUACGAGAACUAAAGUGUAGGACACAACGCUACAAAAAUAGUGCGAUCCCACAAAUUAUCAAACUGCUGAACUCUAAAUAG